AUGUCUGCCGCAGUGCCCGGACAGGCCUUGAGGCCUUCCACCAAGCCAAGUCAUCUUGCAGAGUACCGACCGUAUAUCGAAAAUUAUCCUUGGACUCGUGAGAAGCGUAUCACAUUCCUUAUUGGAAUAGAUUUCGGAACUAUCCAUUCAACCUCCGUGGUGGCAGUGGCCGACAAAGGUCACCAAUUGCUGGCAGGGAGCGCCAAGCUCAAAUCAACACCUGUCGGAACAGGAGAGUACAACUCUCACCGUAUUCCAUCGAAGAUUGCGAUUUUCCACUAUCACGCCGAAGCACUUGGGAGAAAGCCACGAUGUGCGAUGCUGUUUGGCCACGCAGUGGACCACGCUCUGGAAAAUGGCAAAAUCAGAGACAAAGAUGUGGUGGAUCUGUUGAAAUUGUUCCUGUUCCCCGAAUACGCUGGCAGUGAGAACGGAACGCAUGACCCGCUGAUGCGACAGACUCGGGAAAGCCACGAACGUCUUGUCAACAAAAUCAAGACCAAAUAUCAAGGACAAGUUUUAUAUGUCCAACCCGAGCACGGCGAAUGGGGUUCAAAAACAGUCAACAACACGGAAGAUGUCAUCGUUGCUUACUUCGAAUUCAUUUGGCAAGAAACCUUGGGGAGAAUUGCUGAGCAAAUGGAAAUUCGACAGAAUUCUGGUAAGGCAUGGGAAAAUCUUCGCAAGAUCCUCAAACAAGAGUCACACGUCGCAGUAUCUGUCCCCAUGAGUUGGGGGGAAACAACUCAGAACCGUUUCUUGGAGCUCUUGGGUCGUGCCGGCCUUCCAAGCUCAACAACAAUUGUCCCCGAGGCAGUUGCAGCCGCCCUGUGCCACUUCGACAAUACCUCGGAGUUGGGAGACGACAAAGACGAGCCGCUCAAUAUGAUUGUCGCGGAUAUUGGUGGGGCCACGGUCGACGUGGCCGGAGUUAGCAAGUACUUUCUGGAUGGAUCGGCCCGAUUCCGAGAGAUCGUGAAGCAGAAGGGUAUACUUCACGGUUCCCUGAAGCUGAAUGAAUAUAUGGCUCGACAUGUCGGCGAAGCAUUCGGCGUUUGGGGCUUGGAGUCUGUCCUUGUCGAACUUGGUUGGACCAGAGAUAAAUGGUUCCGGCACAUCAAAGACGGCUUCGAAACGGCAAAGAGAUCGUUUGACAUCACCGAAAACGGCAAAGAAUAUUACCGAAUUGAGCUUCCCCGUAUUGAUUCAUCAGCAGAUUUGGAUUAUGCCAGGUCGUUUGCUCAGCAUGCAAACUUCAUCCUCGAUGAUACGGGCCUCUGGGUCAGCAGUGGCUUCAUCAAAGCAGUCUAUGACACAUGGCUCCAAGAAAUCAUCAAGGUCAUCCGAGAAUCUUGUGACGAGUACGCUGAGAAGUUUCCAAAUGGUGUCUCGCCUCUCCUUGCUCUGUGCGGGUAUGGGUCUCUACCACCGUAUGUUUUGCGGAAGUGCAAAGAAGAAUUUCCCAAACAACAGGUCGUUCUCGUCGAACGUGGGGAAAUCCCUCUUAUUGCAAUGGGGAAUAUAGUGACCUUGCGCCGCGCUGACUUGUUCUAUGACGUCCUCGCUCGCUAUAGUUAUGGCAUCAGAGUUGACAUACCUUGGGAACAUGUCGACGCGACAUCUCAAACAGAUGGACAGUUAGACGCGGAUCGGGGAGGCGACGGGAAAUACCUCCCCGAUCGUGCGGCAUGGAUCAUCAGACAAGGACAGAGUUUGGUGGGACCAAAAAGACUCUUCUUUCUCGAGGGUCGCACCCGCUUAACUGGAUCAUAUCCGUUUCAUUGGGAUAUCGACAUUCUAAGCAGCAGUCAUCCUGAAGUGGUGGGCGCCGAAAAAUAUGCGGCUGUUUCAAGAGCAAUCGAGGCCGAGAAGAUUCAGGUUGUUGAACGUUACCCGGUCGGGCUUACGUACAACAUUUGUGGGUGCAAGAGCAUGAAAUCACCCCCUGGGAUGCCUGGCAAGAAAACCAUCGAAAUCGAGUAUCGGGUGAAAAUGGACUGUACCGGAAUUUCCCCAACACUCAGCCUAUACAUCCCAGCAAAGGACGGAACGUUCAAGAAGCGCCUGGAUGAAAAUUGGGAAAAAGAAGACCGGUACACUAAGAUACUGGACAUUUCUCUGGGUCCUAUCCAUGCCCAUACGGUGUUUGGUGAUCACCCUCGGGCACAACUCGAUCGUGCUUGA